AUGAAUCCCAAUCUUACAUCGGAUAUGUUCUACGUGCUUCUCCCGCUUGCUCUCAAGUUGGUUCAGUUUGUGCCGAUUCCACGCCUCACAAUUUCUGCACCUGAGAUUGACCUGUUGGUCGAGAAUCUAAUCAUCGAGCCGGGCGACACGAUAAAUGAUUCAUCAUUUUUCCCCUUCCGCCUUAGAAUCGAGGCCCAAAAUAAUGUCGAGAUUCGCAAAGGCCUUCACCGUAACACUGCAAGUCUAGACUCCUUUGCGACGAUCAAGAUAGAAGGGAUCACAAUGCGCGCAGAUGAGGUAGGAUACUGGUUCCGCCUUCACAAAGGACUCUUGAGGUUCAGCGAGUGUGGCUUGGCUGGUAUCCAAAUGGAUAAGAGAGGCAUGGACAUCCAUCUCGAUGUUGAAUUUGGAAGGGACCGCGUCGACCAGAUUGUGAGUCUGCGUGGUGUGCGUGUCAAAAUUCAUAAGUUAUCGUACACGCUGCAAAAAUCAUACUUUUCGUUUACAGCGUGGCUAUUCAAGCCUAUCAUACGCCGAGUGUUACGGAGAACACUUGAACAGGAGAUAGCAGCAAGCAUUGAGAACGCAUUGAAGUUUGCAAACCGAGAAUUGUUGUUCGCCCGAGAGCGCUUACGGGCAACCAGAAUUUCCGAACCCGAUGACUGGAGGAAGUUUAUCCGUGCUGUGAUUACAAGAUUGACACCUGCGGAGAAUCCAGACGUGGAUAUUCGCAUGGGUAUGUUGCCGCAGAGGCGAGAAGGUGUUUUCGAAGGCAAGAGGACGCCGGGUAGUUUGGUGGGGAUUUGGGAAGAAGAGGGGGAGAGAGCAGGUGAAAUUGUAGACGAUGAGGCUACAGGUGGUUGGAGAAAUGAAGUUUUCGACGUUCACACCGUUAUGAUGACUUGA